AUGCUGCUGGACGCCGGCCCUCAGUUCCCGGCCCUGGGAGUGGGCACGUUCGCGCGGCACCACCACCAUCAUCACCACCAUCACGCUGCGGUAGCGGCGGCGGCGGCUGCGGCUGCGGAGAUGCAGGAGCGGGAGUUGAGUCUGGCGCAGAACAGCUUUGUGGAGCCGGCGCACAUGGGCGCAUUCAAGCUCAACCCCGGCGGGGGCUCCGGGGGAAGCGGCGGCGGCGGCGGUGGAGGGGUAUCUGGGUCCGGGGGCGCAGGAGGCAGCGGACCCCAUGAUUUGUCCCCCCCGGGGCAGAGCUCGGCUUUCACCUCUCAGGCUGGCUACCCCGCAUCCGCCCUUGCUCCACACGCAGCCUACACGGGCGCAGCGUUUAACAGUCCCCGGGACUUCUUAUUCCGAGGACGAGGCUUUGCAGAAGGGGCUACAGCUGCAGGAGGGGGGCAGCAUAGCUUGUUUGGCCCCCCAGCAGGUAGCCUUCAUCACCACCCCCAUCACCACCAGCUACCGCAUGGAGAGCACCCGCAGGGUCACCUGCUUUUCCCCGGCAUCCAUGAACAGCACGCUGCAGCCUCCCAAAACGCACUUGGCGGACAGAUGAGGCUGGGGCUGCCCGGCGAGGUGUUCGGCAGAACAGAGCAGUACCGACAGGUGUCCAGCCCCCGAGGAGACCCCUACACCGCUGCCCAGCUCCACAACCAGUACGGCCCGAUGAACAUGGGAAUGAACAUGGCAGCCCACCACCACCAUCAUCACCACCACCACCCUGGGGCUUUCUUCAGGUACAUGAGGCAGCAGUGCAUCAAGCAGGAGCUUAUCUGCAAGUGGGUAGACCCCGAGCAGCUCAGCAACCCCAAGAAAAGCUGCAAUAAGACUUUUAGCACCAUGCAUGAGCUGGUCACCCAUGUGUCAGUGGAGCAUGUGGGGGGACCCGAGCAGAGCAACCAUAUCUGCUUCUGGGAGGAAUGCACCAGGGAGGGGAAGCCGUUCAAAGCCAAAUACAAACUGGUCAACCACAUCAGAGUGCACACAGGGGAGAAGCCCUUCCCGUGCCCCUUCCCUGGAUGUGGCAAGGUCUUUGCCCGCUCCGAGAACCUAAAAAUCCACAAAAGAACUCAUACAGGAGAGAAGCCGUUCCAAUGUGAAUUUGAAGGCUGCGACAGGAGAUUUGCUAACAGCAGCGACAGAAAGAAACACAUGCAUGUCCACACCUCCGACAAACCAUAUCUGUGCAAGAUGUGCGACAAGUCGUAUACUCACCCCAGCUCCUUACGGAAGCACAUGAAGGUGCACGAAUCUUCUCCCCAAGGGUCCGAGUCCUCACCUGCCGCCAGCUCCGGCUAUGAAUCCUCCACCCCCCCAGGUUUGGUGUCCCCCAACACUGAGACACAAAGUACCAACUUGUCCCCAGCCACAGCAGUCGUAUCUGGAGUGCACAGUGUAACCAGUGGGGCAGGGGGGCCCCUCUCCUCAAAUUUCAACGAGUGGUAUGUGUAG